GCAAAACAAGCCCGCCCAGUGUCCCCGGGAUGCGGAGGAGAGGACGAGAGUUUCACCAGAAGAGAGAACAGGGAAAUGAAGUUGUCAGACAGGCUCAGCCCAGCUACUCUCUCUCUCUACUCCUAGGCAGACACACGGUCACGAGUAGACACAUUUAUACAUGAAACAGCACAGCUAUGAAGGUCGUCUGUUCGAGCAACUUGUAGCUACGAUUACACCACGUUUGGAUAGCUUCAGAUAACCUUAAAGACACUUCAAAGUAGCCUUUAAAAGAAAUACAACUAGGCUAUCCUGCUAGCUAACCUUUAGCCUCCUUCAGCUUCACAACCACACUUCUCUCGGGCAUUCAUUUUGGGGCUUUGGAUUACUUCAGUCUUCAGUCAUCAUGCCUUUUCCUUUUGGGAAGUCUCAGAAGAGUCCAGCUGACAUAGUGAGGAGUUUGAAGGAGAAUGUGGCAUACAUGGAGAAGAUGGAUGCUGGAGACAGCAAAAAGUGUGAAAAGGUCGCAGAGGAGGUGUCCAAAAACCUGGCCUCACUGAAGGAGGUGCUCAGUGGAACAGGUGACAAGGAGCCUCAAACUGAAGCAGUGGCUCAGCUUGCACAGGAGCUGUACAACACCAACCUCCUCAUUGCUCUCAUUGCAAACCUGCAGAGGAUUGAUUUUGAGGGGAAGAAGGAUGUGGUUCAUUUGUUCAGCAAUAUAGUGAGACGUCAGAUUGGCACCCGUACACCCACGGUAGAAUACAUCUCUACGCAACAACAGAUCCUCUUCAUGCUUCUGAAAGGAUAUGAGAGUGCAGAAGUGGCUCUGAACUGUGGAAUGAUGCUGAGAGAAUGCCUGCGUCACGAGCCCUUAGCACGGACGGUGCUCUUUUCUGAAGACUUCUACUGCUUCUUCCGUUAUGUGGAGCUCUCAACCUUUGACAUUGCCUCAGACGCUUUCGCCUCAUUCAAGGAUCUCCUCACAAGACACAAGCUUAUGUGUGCGGAUUUCCUGGAGAACAAUUAUGACAGGGUGUUUACAGAAUACGAAAAGCUCCUGCACUCUGAGAACUACGUCACCAAACGACAGUCUUUGAAGCUCCUUGGGGAACUUCUCCUGGAUAGACACAACUUCACUGUCAUGACAAAAUACAUCAGUCGGGCGGAGAACUUGAAGCUGAUGAUGAACUUGCUAAGAGACAACAGCCGAAACAUCCAGUUCGAAGCGUUCCAUGUGUUCAAGGUAUUUGUUGCAAACCCCAACAAGACUCAGCCCGUGCUGGACAUCCUGCUGAAGAACCAGGCCAAACUGGUGGAGUUCCUGAGCCACUUCCAGACCGACAGAGCGGAGGACGAGCAGUUCUGCGACGAGAAGAACUAUCUGAUUAAGCAGAUCCGGGACCUGAAGAGGCCCACAGCAGCGGAGGAUGCUUAAGGCGGCAGGGACGACUGCUCCAUCAGGUGGUAGAUGUACAGGUGGUGGCUGGAGCUGCGGCGGGCUAAGAGAGAGAGUCUAAAAGACAUGCUUCAUUAAAAUUUAAUAUUAACCACAAAAUAUAGGAAAAAAAAGUACUUCCUUCACUUUCUGUUUUUUUUUUUUUUUUUAGUGUGGAUGUGGAGGUGAUUUCCAUCCAGCAACCUGAGUGGGCCAAGAACUGUUAUUUAAACCAUAGUGCUUCUUCUUUAGUGAUAAUGAAAUGCAUUUAGUCCGUUCUUGUAAUGUUGGACCUUAAACUGUUACCUUUCCACACACAUUGUUGCUGGCAGAGACCUUAGAACGACAGAAAUGUCACCCCAUUCACAGCCAGCGUGUGUUCUUGAAAGUCUCUCUCAGAAACGUGUCUGUAUUUUAGAGAUUGAGAAGCUGAGAAGUAAAACAUAUUAUUUUUCUAAUGUAUCUUCAUGGUAAACAGUUUAAAACACA